UUACGAGCAAUAGAUGUCCUAGCAGUAGUGUAGAGUGUGGAUUUCUAUGAUCCUACGAAAAGAUCUGUACCGAUUAACACUUUGGAAAAAUUUUCACUGAAAAUUAAAAAGAAAAUUAUUACUGUUGAUUGUUUAAAACGAUGGCGGAGAAGGACAACAUUAUUUACAAAAUUAUGAACUCUUUGAUAUACGUGCUAGACACGCCGGUCACCUACGUUCGAGAGAAACUCGUAGUGCCGAACCAAAAGAAAUAUCCAUGGUAUCAUCAGCAAUACCGUCGUGUGCCGACGAUCGACGAGUGUUACACGGACGACCUGGUUUGUUAUACCGAGGCAAAUUGUCAAUUCAUGCGUGAUAAAUCGGUGGAAGAUGAAAUUCUAUUAAUUCUUAGAAGUCGUUACGAACAGUGUGCCUUCUAUCACGGUGGGUAUUCAGGUGAUGAUGACAAUAUGUGCCAGCAUUUAAGGAAAGCUUACGACGAUGCAGCUGUUGCUUGGUUCAUAAAAUAUGGUGAAAUGGGAAUAGGUUUAGAUGUGAAAAAUGCGUACAUGAAACAGAAACAUCGUAUGAUCUGGGAACGUCGUCAUGGGCCAGUAGGUACCGGCAUGAAAGACCAACGAGCGACCAAGGCGUAGUAACUUACAUCGAUAUUGUAGAUUACAAUUUAAUGGCAAACGCAUUCAUAUAUAAUGGGUCUGAAUUGCAGGUUUGCUUAAUGUGUACAGAUGUAUCGUGAUUUAAGGAAUAAUCGGCGGAAUAAUAAAAAUAAUUUAUCAAAA